AUGGCCUCCAGUUUCAAUGACAUCGUGAAGCAAGGCUACGUGAGGAUCCGGAGCCGCCGCCUGGGGAUUUAUCAACGAUGUUGGUUAGUAUUCAAGAAAGCGUCCAGCAAAGGUCCAAAAAGACUGGAGAAAUUUUCCGAUGAACGUGCCGCCUAUUUUAGGUGUUACCAUAAGGUUACAGAACUCAACAACGUGAAGAGCGUAGCUCGACUGCCAAAAAGCACCAAGAAGCACGCCAUCGGGAUUUAUUUCAAUGAUGACACCUCCAAGACCUUUGCUUGCGAAUCAGAUCUUGAGGCUGACGAAUGGUGCAAAGUCCUCCAGAUGGAGUGUGUGGGGACGCGGGUCAAUGACAUCAGCCUCGGAGAGCCUGACUUACUGGCCACUGGAGUUGAGAGAGAGCAGAGUGAGAGAUUCAAUGUGUAUUUGAUGCCAUCUCCUAACUUAGAUGUACAUGGCGAAUGUGCCUUGCAGAUUACAUAUGAGCACAUCUGCCUUUGGGACGUCCAGAAUCCCAGAGUCAAGCUCAUCUCUUGGCCGCUCAGCGCGCUGCGGCGGUAUGGGCGAGAUGCUGCUUGGUUCACCUUUGAGGCAGGGAGGAUGUGUGAGACUGGUGAAGGGCUGUUUAUCUUUCAAACGCGAGAUGGGGAGGCCAUCUACCAGAAGGUCCACUCGGCCGCCCUGGCCAUAGCGGAGCAGCACGAGCGCCUGCUGCAGAGCGUGAAGAACUCCAUGCUCCAGGUGAAGAUGAGCGAGCGGGCCGCCUCGCUGAGCACCAUGGUGCCCCUGCCUCGCAGCGCCUACUGGCAGCACAUCACCCGGCAGCACAGCACCGGGCAGCUGUACCGCUUGCAAGGUGUCACCAGCCCUCUGAAGCUUCAUCGAACAGAGACUUUUCCCACCUACCCAUCUGAGCACUGA